CCGCCAUGGGGCCCGCCCGCGCCGCUUACCUGGCGCCCUGGUGGGCGGCCUGGCUGCACGGGCUCCCGCACCGCGGCCCGCGCCUGCAGCCCGUGCCCAGCACCUUCCGCCCGCAGGACCCCGACUACCAGCAGUCGCUGCUUGUCCUGGGCUUGCUGGCCGCCGUGUGCCUCGGCCUCAACCUCCUCUUCCUCAUCGUGUACCUGAUCUGCCUGUGCUGCUGCAAGAGGGACCAGGACCCCGAGAGCAAGCGGCCCCACUCGUGUUGUGUCACCUGGAUGGCCGUCACCGCGGGGCUCAUCUGCUGCGCGGCCGUCGGCGUCGGCUUCUACGGGAACAGCGAGACCAACGACGGGGUUUUCCAGCUGCUCUAUGCCCUGGACCACGCCAACCAGACCCUCACGGGCAUCGACUCCCUGGUUGCCAGCACCACGCUGCAGAUGCAGGGAGCGCUGGAGCAGCACCUGGCACGGCUGAACGAGCUGCUGGCCUCGCGGGGGGAUUACGUGCAGACCCUCAAGUUCACGCAGCAGCUGGCUGGCAGCAUUGCCCUGCAGCUCCAGGGGCUGCCGGCCUGGUGGGGCGUCAGCGCUGACCUCACCGAGCUGUCGGGACAGGUGGCCUAUGUCGAGUAUUACCGGUGGUUGGCCUACCUGCUCUUCUUCAUCCUCGUGCUCACCGUCUGCCUGCUGGCCUGCCUGGGGCUGGCCAAGCACUCCCGCUGCCUCCUGGUCAUGAUGCUGUGCUGUGGGCUGCUCAUGCUGGUCCUCAGCUGGGCCUCCAUGGCCGUGGACACGGCGGCCGCGGUGGGCACCAGCGACUUCUGCGUGGCCCCGGACAAGUUCAUCAUGAACCAGACGGACGAUGAGAUCAGCGCAGAGGUGGUUCAUUAUUACCUAUACUGUGACCAGAGCCUGAGCAGCCCCUUCCAGCAGGCUCUCACCGUGUUCCAGCGCUCGCUGACCACCAUGCAGAUCCAGAUCCAGGGGCUCAUCCAGUAUGCACUGCCCCUCUUCCCCACAGCUGAGAAAGACCUGCUGGGGGUGCAGCAGCUCCUCAACUCCUCGGAGACCAGCCUGCACCAGCUGACAGCCCUGCUGGACUGCCGGGGGCUGCACAAGGAUUACCUGGAUGGCCUCAUCGGGAUCUGCUACGACGGCGUGGAGGGGCUGCUCUACCUGGGGCUCUUCUCCCUGCUGGCGGCCGCCGCCUUCUCCACGGUGAUCUGCGCGGCCCCGCGCGCCUGGCAGCAGCUGGCCGGGCGGGAGCGGGACUACGACGACAUGGACGAGGAGGACCCGUUCAACCCGCAGGCGCGGCGCAUGGCCGCGCACCGCCCGCCGCGGGGGCAGCUGCGCAGCUUCUGCAGCUACAGCAGCAGCCUGGGCAGCCAGAGCAGCCUGCACCCCCCGGCACAGACCGUGUCCAACGCGCCCGUCUCCGAGUACAUGAACCAGGCCGUGCUCUUCGGAGGGAACCCCCGCUACGAGAACGUGCCCCUCAUCGGCAGGGGCUCUCCUCCCCCCACGCAGUGCAGCCCCUCCCAGCCAGGAUAAGGCUCCAGGAAUGCUGCUGUGGCAGGAAUACUGUCACUCUCCUCCAGGGAUGAUUUUUCCACCAGGUGGAAGCUUGGAUCCCAUCUCACAGAGCUGGCAGCUGGCGAGAGCCUCCUCCCGGGGGGGGACACGAGUGGGGGGAUUAAUUGGAUGCUUCUCCCAGCUCUGAAUAGUCUGAUUCACCCAGGAUUGAGAUCCCUGAGGAAACACUUUCUGAGUCCAGAAUAACAAACUCAGAAUAAUCUUCCUUAAUGCCUGCCCAGGAUGAUCCUCCCUGCUGGGAAAUCCUGGGGGGAUGUGAUCCUGGGGGGGCUGCAGGCUUGGCCUCCUGGCAUCCCACACACACACCCCUACAGGCAGCUUUGGGAUGAAUUUGGGAAGCUGGGAAGAUGGAGGAUGAACCUGGGGAGGGGCAGAGCGGGGCUGGAUGGGCUGGCAGGGUUUUGGCUUGGGGAGGGGGGGCCUUGUCUCCCGCAGCCUCAGCGGGGCUGAGAGCAGGGCCUGGCCCUUCCCGAUGAAUUUGGGAUUAAUCAGCGCGGGGCGGUUUGGGGUGCUGACCCCCGUGUGCCCCCCAGUACUCCCCGAGCAUGAGAGCCACGUACCUGGCGGUCACCGAUGAGCGCGCCCGGCACCGCGGCGACUUCCCGGCCUAGGAGGGGAUGGCGCGCGGGACACCAGAGAGCCUGGAGGGAGCCACGGCGGGGCCGGAGCCCCCCAGCACGCCCUGCCCCGGCAGCCCCACAUCCCGCUGCCUUACGGGCUCCCAGAGCGCGGAGGGGGCUCCGGAGCUCCUCCCGUCCCUGCGGAACGUUCCGGAACACAGUCUGGAACACAGGGCAGGGGCUCCCGUAGCAAUGCAGCACCAACCACUAGUGAUCCCAAGCCCUUCCCAGCCCUUCCCGGCUGCCCCGCGGCCGCAGCGUUCCCAGGAUGGGGAAUUAGGGAUGUUGUGGCCUUGCUGGUUUUCCUCCGCUUCGCCCCGGGGUUUGGGAGGUGCUGCCUCUGUUCAGAGAGGAGUCGCUGCAGUGGGGUUUGUAGUGGGAUUUGGGGUGGGUUUAGGCUUUUUUUGGCUCCCCAGGGCGGGUGUGGGCUGGGGCAGGCUCCCCUCCUCCUGCAGCCCUGGAGUGGUCACAAAUCCCCAGGAGAGGGACGGGAGCUGCAGGGGCAUCCCUGGGGAGUCACAGCAUGGACCUGCCACCCUGGAGGCCCAGCCAGCACUCCCAGGGCUCCAGGGUGAGGAGCUGGGGGAGCAGUUCGAGCUGAACGUGGCCCUUUGGGGCUGCCCUUUGGCACACGGAUCCCCAGGAAAGGCCCCUUCCCCCUGUCCCACCCACCCAGACCCCAAAAGGUGCGGACAGGGCAGUGGUGUGCCCCCCAGGGCCAGGACAUCCCCUUCUCCACAUUCCCUAUGACUAGCAUCCCUCCCCUUGGGGACGAUCCCGAGGGAUUUUUUUAUUUUCUUGGCUUUUAACGUUUCCAUGUAACAGAACUGGUAGAGGAGCUGUUGUAACCGCAUGUGAACUAACCAAAGGACUCCGACUGGGAGCUGGAGUCCGGCUGGAUUUGUUUGUGCCCUUUUGGGAGAAAAGAUAAUAAACACUUGGACUAAA